AUGGAGGCUUUACUACCGUCCGAGAUCGCGCGACUGGUACUCGGUUACUUGGAAGAUCAAAAAUGUUUUGAAGCAGCUAAACUGUUUUUAGAGACAUCUCCGCACUUGCAGGAAUGCCGUACAGUACUUUCUUGUGGAAGGAGAUUUAGUACUAGAGUUAAUGGUCUAACAUUGAUGGAUAUUAUAGAAAAGUUGUCAGCCAUCAGUUCUAUGAUUCAAGAACGGUUAAGUAAAGCCACUGACUGUGAACAGUUAAAGCACUGUGGAGAUUUAAUAGAGCAACUCAAAUUUCUUGUAGAAGAACCACGUGGUCAACGCUUUGUUGUAAACAUUAAUGUACCUUCACAGAGUAAUACACAAACAUCAAAUGGCUCACCUGUUAUUGCAAACAAUUUACGGAAAAGGCAUCAUAGUAAUAGUGAACGAAUUAAACGUAGUAUUAAAUCUCAAUUAAAUUUAGUACAACAAUCUGAGAUCAUGAGCCCACCAGCGAGUUGUCACAAUGUUGACACAACACUGUUAGAAAAUCUGCCUGGAAAUAUUGAUUUAUUAAAACAGAUAGAUUGCGCUGCUCUCUCUUAUACAGAGAAAAGAGAUGAAAAUUUCGCACAGGAACUUCAUAGACAAUGUGAUUCUGAUAAAAAUAAUAUUGAAAAUAGUAUUGCUACACGUAAUAGGAACAAUAGUACUCGGUUAAGUUCAGAUGAUGUUUCAAGUGUACGAAGUUGCGAAAUGGACAUUGACGAUAAAAGAAAAGAAGAAAACAAUAUAAUUAGUACACUACCUAAACAAUAUACUACAGCUACAAGUACGGAAGAAUUAUUGAGUUUUUCUAGUACAGAAGUUCAAACUAUUCCUUAUGAAAUACCUGAAUCAGAGUCCGAAUCUAAUGAUGUGCCUAUUGAAAAUCUUAGUAUAUUAACAAAGGAAAUGUUGAAUCGUGAAGAAUUACAACAAUGUAUUGCAGAGAACAUCAACAGAGCAAUUAUUCCUACAGAGUUAUCUUUGAAAGAUGACAAUUUGAAUGAUUCAAUUAUCGGUGAAGGGAACACUUCAUUUAUGGCUGAGAUGAAUUAUGCUAUUAAAUCAAUUGUUGAAACAACAGAGUCCGACCCUGUAUUUAUACGAUUUAUUGCUGAAACCAUUGGGGUGCAUACAGAAACAGAUACAAGUCCAGAGGAAGAUGGUGAAGGAAGGUUAAGCCAUACACCUGCUAAUGAAAUACAAAAAAAUCAAAUGGAAACAGAUAAGAACAAUAUUAACUCAGCAGAUCCAGUGGUAAUAGAUACUAAAGUAUUUACGGAGAAUGGCACAACGGAUGUUCCUUUGAAACACAGACUUCGUAGUUCUUCAAGACAACAAUAUAAUAGAAUCGAAGACGAAAUCGACAAAACGAAAGAUCAAGAGAAAGAUCGGAAUACUUUAGAAGAUCAAAAUGCAGCAGCAAUAUUGAGUAUUAUAAAUGCUAAUAUUAUUAAUAGUGUGUCUGAUAGUAACAAAAAGACUCUUGAUGAAAAAGAAUUAAUAGUUGUAAAUGACGAUAAUGAACAAAAAAUGCAAACAAUGAUAUCUACGAUAAAUAAGAAUGACACUGUAAAGCCAUUAGAACCCUUAGACAUAGAGAAAACUGAUGAUGUUAUUCUACCUGCAAGUAAUAAUGUACAACCUAAAGUUAAAAAAUCGAUAAAACGACUAAGACCUACGAAACCUAAACGCGAUCAAACAACUAGUGAUAAUCAAUCUAAUUCUAUCGAGUCCAAUACAAUUCAACCUAUAACAGAACACGAAAUCAUGGCUAUGCCAACAUUGAUAGUAUGUUCAAAAGACGAAAUGAAUAAUUUUUUGAUAAAUCGCUCGUCAACUGUUACAUCAACUUCCACUUCGCGUUUUGUUCCGAUUGCUCCAAAAGAUCCAAACAGAAUUAAUGAAACUAUGGAAACUUUAUAUCUAAGGACAGUAAAUGUGGCACAACAAUUACCUAUAACUAAGACAUUGUCAUCCAUAAUAGAAGAACCAAACGAUCCUGUGAACCAAGUGGAAUUAUUACAAUCAAAAAACGAUAACGUCAAUAAACGUUCAACAAAUGUAUACCAAACUGACAUGACGGUACCUAUCGUCAAUAUUGAUCAACAGGUAUUAAAUCAUCCGGUAGAACCGGUGCAAAUUAAUAAACUCGUUGGAAGUGAAUCGAUAACGCUUUAUGCCAAUGAGAUGAGCGCUAAAACGUUAUUGGAUAGUACCAAUAUGCCUAUGAUCAAUCUGGAAGAAAACAUCAGCUUAUCGGAUAGCGGAUUUUCUCCAUAUUUAAAAUUUAAUUGUAGCAAAAUCAGCCAAACUCAUAAUCUUUCAGACAUUGAUUUAGCGCCUGUGAUAGAAAAUAUGGGAAAUACGACAAAUAAUAGGAACGAACAGUUACCUAAGAAUGCCGAUGUUAUUACCAAACGCACUCCGAAAUCUUUGUUAAAAAGUAGAUCCAAAAAUCAUAGAUUAAGCUUGUCCACGCCGCGCAAACGGAGUAGUCACAUAAGGGCGCUUGACUUUAGCACUCCUACGAGAACGACAAGAAAAACGAACGGGGAUGGAAACUCUCAGUUUUCGUCUACAUCGGUGAAACGUUUGAAAUCUGUUUGUAGGACUUCAUUAUUUAGAUCACCGGCACUUUCUAAUACUUCCGCUCAAAAACAGAAGAGUCCAAUAAAAGUUAGUCAGCCUUAUAGAAUUCCCAUAGCUACUAGAAGCCCUGCGCCUAAACUUAUGGGUGGUUGGGAUAAGUACAAUGGGGUUGGUGUUAUUAUAGGGGAAGUUUCUCCACAUGGGAGUACAAGCGCAUCUUGUUCUUCCUCGGAGGAUAAAAUUGUUCAACCUAAGCCGUCUAAGUCCUUAGCAGGAAAUUGGGAUGCUGAUUUACGUAAGAAUAUAGAGUUGAAUAAAAUAGACGAGAAAGAGAGAGAGAAAGAUGAGUCGGAUACCAAGAAACCCGUAAAGAGGAAAAAAAAUUCUGUCAAAGAUAAUGAGGUAUGUAAGAAAGCUAAAUACAGUUCUCGAUCAACGAAGAGCAACGAUGACAGAAAAACUAGUAGUAAAUCAAAAGUAAAGUUUAAACAUGAUACGGAAGAAAUCAAUGAACUGAAAGAUAAUUCUCAAGAAAACAUAAAAAUAACAGAGCCGCAAAGUAAUGAGAAAGAAAAUAUAACAAAAACUACUGUUAAUACUGUAAGUUUUAUGACGAACAAAUCCGAUAAAAUUUCAACUAACAUCUGUGCGGCAAAAACAAAAAGUAUAAACGCGUCUAGCAACGAUACAGCAAUAUCCGAAAAGAAACCUGUAAAAAAAUAUGCGCAACUAAAAACAAUUUCGACUAAUUUAAGGAAGUCUGAUAACGAAAAAGAAAAAAACAUGGAAGUCGCACAAAUCAAUAUGCAAGUGUCUGAAGUUUCGAGAACUUUAUCCGUAGAUAGUACACAACAUAUCUUGCGUAUGCCGGAUAUGAUAAGUUUGGAGACACCUAGAAAAUUUGACAACAUAUCUGGUCCUCCACCGACGCCAAGAGUAUUGAGUCCUUCUAGUAAUCUAAUUACUCCGUUUAUCAAAAUUAGCGAGGAUUCUUCUAAAAUACGUAGUUUUAUUGCUACCCCAGAAUUUCCGAUAACUCCGGGCAUAGCUAUAAGUCCGAAAGAGGAGAUGACUAGAGAUGUUAUAAAAAGAGACGAAUACAAUUCCCCAUACUAUAAACCCACUUCUGAGCAAGUUCAGGAGUCUGAUCUAAAGGUAUCUACCAAUAAGUCAAAAGACAACAGUAUACACGAGUCACCUAUUUUAUCUUCAUCGCACGUACAAUUACAUUCGGUGCACAAUAGUCUCACUUCUGGUAAUACUUAUCAGACAUGUUCUUCUAAAUUAGAGAUAACGGAGUUCGAAGUGAUCAAAGAGAAUUUACCGAAAGAAGAAGCUAUCAAAGAGUUCAAAAUUGCGUCUACUUCUAAAGAUUCAGGAAGCGCAGAAUUCAACGCUUCCAUUGUAACAGAUCACCACGAGGAUCUAAUACAGAUAAAUGAAUUUAAAGGCAUAAGUCAGCAUCAAGAAAUAAUAACCGAUGCCAACGAUUCUCACAAUGAUUCUGAGAGUAGCUCGUCGUCCAACACAUCAUCGUCAUCAUCGUCGUCCUCGUCAUCUACAUCUAGCAGUUCGAAUACAUGUUCUCCAAACGAGAAAUGUGACAAAGCUCCAAGUAAAACAUGCACAGACAUUAGUAGCGAUUUCGCGGAAAAAAGUAUUAACGCAUCGAAAAAUAUAAAUGAUUCAACGAAUAUACAAAAUACACGUAAAAAAUCAAAUAAUGCGAUUGAAACGGAGUCUUCGCCAAAUAAAGUAUUCGCGAUUACGAAAACUGACGAUCAGUUAAAGGAUACAUUAAAAGAAACUCCAGCUAAAGAUGAAACUUUGUUAAAUGAGGCUGAUAUUUCGGAAACGCCUAGCAGCUCAAAAAGUGGGGUAGAAAUGAUUAAUUUAACGACAAAGAUAUCGGCAAUUAUGACAAAAGACGAAAAAUUAUUAAAAUCAAAUAAACCGGCAAAGAAUAACAGUAAAAUACAAACUAAUAAACCGAGAUCACUGCCAAAGAUAAUAGAUAUACAGUGUAUUCAGCCAGCAUCGAUCCAGUUACCGAAAUCGAAUAAAGAUGAAUGCCAAUCCGCGUGCGAACAAAGCACGUCUUUGCAUAAUAAAUUAAUGCAAAGGCAUUUAUUAGAGGAAAAACGACAACGCAUCAUGGCUAAGAUCAAAGAUAACUCAAAAUUGAAUUCUUCUUGUGGAACAAAGCGUAAACGCAAUUUAACAAACAAAGCAGCUUCAGAAGCUUUAAAGAAGUUUGGUAGAGGAAAUCGAACUAUACGUCCAACGGUAAAAUAUUCCAAAGAUGUUAUUAAAAAUAAUGUCGACAAAGAUGAAAUAGGAAAAACACUUAAAAAUAUCGAUGUACAAGAACAAGUAUCAAAAACAGAAAAUUCAGAGAAAUAUAUUCUACAAGAAACAUCAGCUCCGGAUAAAGGAAAGCAUGAUGAAACGGAAGAUAAACAAAAUAAAUUAAGACAGUUUUUGAAUGAUAAAUCUGAUUACAAAAUAUUAAGAUAUAAGGUGGAUCAAGUGAAGCGCGACUUAUUCAGUGAUGAGGAGAAUGAUUAUAAAACAUCUUCGACAAAAGAUAAUAAAGCCAAGACAAUCGAUACAGAAAUUCAAAAUUCUAAUCUUGUUGAAGCUUCGGGCAAGGAGAACGCCAAUGUUGAAAAGCAGGAAUUAUCGACCGUUCUUCAAUGUUUACAAUUAGUGCCAGCGUCUAAAAAGGAACAUUUAAAUCAUAGUAAAAGUCAUCAAGCUGAACAACAACACAAAGAACAGAGUGAACCAGAAAACAAAAGUAAUAAUGAGUCGCACCAAACAGCCGAUGUUCAUAAUAAUAAAACAGAGUAUCACUUCGUAUAUGACGAUAGUAUACCGAUGAAAAAGAGAAGAAGAAGAUAUAGUGGACAUGAAUUACAGAUCGAAAUUAAUUAUGCAGAUCUCUCUGAUCCGAACCCCGUUGAGUGCAUAAAGAUAAUGAAAGCUACAGAAUUCGAAGAAAUACUUAAUCUCCUGCCUAAAAAACGAACAGUGAAUAAAAAACCUCGCACAAAAAAUGAAAAAGUUUGCGAAACACCUAGGACGGACAAGGACGUACUUAAUCUAAAAGAUAAUACCACAAGACCUUUGGCUACAUCAUCUCCUGUAGAUGAACCAUCAAGAACUAAAAUUAAAAAGACGAUUAAAACUGCUGCAACAAACAAAACUAAUAAGCACUCUGAUACAAAGAAAAAACAAAAACUGGAUAAGCAGGAAAAAGUUUCAGAUAUCACUACCAAAAGCCGAAAGAGAAAACUGUCAGAAGUAAAAGAAACAAAACGGAUUGAAAAGAAAUGCCCGACUGAUCCACAAGCAUUACUUAGUAACUUAGAUGAAAUGGACCUGAAUAAAUUCCUAUCUACUGUUCAUGGACCUGAAUAA